AAACAAGACAAAACAAGCCGGGCUGCCCAAAGCGCUGCUGUUUCUCUGACCUUGUGUGACGUUGCCCCGACCGCGCCGUUGCUGAUCCUGACACUCGUUUGAACCCCCGUCUCUAGAUGCUCUUUUUCGGGUCCCGCUGCGAGCGCCUGUGUCUCACCCAGUUCUCCCUCGUGUCCCUGAUCCCCCGGCUGCUCCACAACCUGCAGGACUCGGCCGGGCCGGAGCUGGACAGUUACGAGAGAAGCCUUACCAUGCCGACAAGCCUGAGGACGAGCGACAGGAAUUCGCUGCUGUCCUACAUGGGCUUGCCCUUGCAAAUCUUCGACAAGGGAAGUCUCUUCGGCCCCUACACCCCUCUCCAACAACUCGACAUCCUCGCCGACUUCGGCACCAAGUCGUACAUCGUCGGAAGCACCAACUCGCUCCUCCUGCAACAAAAAGACCGCUACAGCGACAUCCUCAUCAACCUCGAUGAGGGCACCAUCAACGUGACCUCCCCCUCCCUCAGGGCCGCCCUGCAGCUCUCCACUCCCGACCGCCGCUGGAUCGACUUUAUCACCCAGAACGUGAACGACACCUGGGAUGAGGCCAACCCCAGCCGGCCCAAGACGAUGGGCUACGUUGGCAGCGAGGAGUUCAUCCGCGUGCAGUUCGAGGAAUACCUCCUGGCGCUCAUAUCGUCGGUCAAGUACCGCGCCCACCUCGCGCGGCACGCCAACAACCCGCGCAUGCUGCUGCCAGACAUCGACGGCGAUCCGUCGCACGACUUCGGGAACGACUUUGUCGAAGCCUGGUCGCGCACCCAAAACUUCCGCAUCUGGAACUCCCACACCGACUCGCACCUGUUCGACAUCGUCGAGCCGAAACACCCCUGCGCCGGCGGCCUGACCAUCGAGGACAUCCAGCGCCGCAUCACCCAGCAGGUACAGGACCUGCACUGGGACGAGCGGUUCGCGCAGGGACGCGAGGCGCUCGGCCGGAACCUGGCCGCCGGCAGGGAGAAGGCGAGCACCCUGUUUGGGAAACUGUACGCCGACAUGGAAGCGCUCCGGGAGGCGCAGAGGAGAAAGAGUGAGGAGGCCAAGUCCGCACAAUCCCGGGACGGGGCCUCGCCAACGGCCGGGAGCCAUGGUCAGGACCAACAGGAAAAGAAUGGCGCGGUGCCGGCUGUCGAUUUCACCAAGGCGCAGCAGACCAUGCAGGCCGUGGGCAGCAAGGCGGGCGCGUUUGUGAAUAGCUGGGCGGCGUGGGCGGGCGAGAAGAGGAGAGCUGCUUGGGGGGGAGGAAAGUCAUCAUCAUCAUCAUCAACGACGACGACGACGACGACGAACAACAGCAGCGGCGAUGCUCCUUCUAAUAACACCAACAGCAGUAGCAGCGGGGGAGGUGGGUGGGCCUCAGGAUGGGUCAGGAUAGGCAGCAGCAGUGGCAGCAGCAACAGCAACAAGAAUCGGGCCUCGUCUCCCCAGAGUCCUAGGGGCGGGUAUGACGCGCUCCCCUCGCAACCAAGUGACCGGGCAUCCAUCAUCUCCUCGGCCAGCAGGCGCUCAACAGACGCCUCAGAUCGCGCCGCCGAGCAGCGGCCGCUCAACACCAAUAGGUUCAGCGCCGCCUCGACCAGCGGAGAGUCGAUGCUCGAUGACGCGGCCGCCACCGCGGAGCGUGCUUCCGUUCCUCCGAGCAGCCUUACCCCUCCAAGAUCACCACCGGGCAAAGAAGGGUCAGGCAAGUCGGAAGUCGGGCCGGAAAGGGGGAGGAUAGAUAUCGGGGGAGAGCAGCAGCGGAAGAAUAAGGAGGAACAGGGGGAGGAGGAGGAGGGAAGUAGAUCAAAGGAAGAAGGGAUCGAGCGAGACCCCAAACCUGACUCCAACCCUAAGCCAGAGCUUGAGUCUGGACCUGAACCCGGGCCAUCUCCCACCUUGUCUCCGAACCCUGCCGUCGCGGAAGCGGCUGAGGUGCAAGAGCUGUGGAACAGGAGGUGACGAUUUCUUCUACGGUUGUUGGUCGGAAAGAGAGAGAAGGGGGGGAACCGGGGGGGCGGAACUGCCGGCCGUAUGUCGCAUUGGCGACUCUGCACUCAGUACCAUAACCACCUACGGAGUAUGUGUCUUUCCCGGUUUUGGUAGACGCGUGAGGCAAAGCGCGUGGCCAACGGCGACGGCAGUUCGAAGAUGUGCAAAUAUGCAAAUAUCAUAGCUGAAAGGCCGCAUUGGACAUUCCAGCUGGUUGGUCGCAGAAAUAAUUGGAUUGUAUUUCGGAAAGAGAGAUUUUUUUUUUUUUUUCGGGCAUGGAUACUAUAACCUGAAGAGCGGUGUAUCUAGAAAA